CUCGGGCCACCCCGGUAAGGUCAGAAGGCUUCAGCUGUAGCGGGAGAAGGGGCCUGACCACCUGGGCAUUGCUGCCUUUGCACCAUGGACGCGCAGCACUACAAAAUGAAUGGUGACCCUCUGCAGGAAUCUAUGUACAUUGAGGAACACGCAAAUAGAAGUGGUGUGAUUUCUUUGAUUUUCUCUCUGAAAGAAGAAGUUGGGGCAUUGGCUAAAGUUCUUCGUACAUUUGAGGAAAAAGGCAUAAACCUGACCCACAUUGAGUCCCGACCUUCCCGUCUCAACAAGGAUGAGUAUGAAUUCUUCAUUAACUUGGAAGGCAAGAAUGUCCCAGCUCUGGAUAAUAUCAUCAAGUCCUUGAGAAAUGAUAUUGGAGCAACCGUCCAUGAGCUUUCAAGAACAAAGAAGAAGGACACUGUGCCAUGGUUUCCAAGAAGUAUCCAGGAGCUGGACAGAUUUGCCAAUCAGAUCCUAAGCUAUGGAGCGGAAUUGGAUGCAGACCAUCCUGGGUUCAAAGAUCCUGUGUACCGGGCCCGGAGGAAGGAGUUUGCGGACAUUGCCUACAACUACAGGCAUGGGCAACCUAUUCCUGAAGUCACCUACACAGAAGAAGAAAAGAGAACAUGGGGCAUUGUCUUCAGGGAGCUGAAGACUCUCUAUCCAACUCAUGCUUGUUAUGAACACAACCACGUCUUUCCACUGCUGGAGAAGUACUGUGGCUACCGGGAGGAUAACAUCCCCCAACUUGAAGAUAUUUCAAAAUUCUUGCAAACCUGCACUGGCUUCCGCCUGCGUCCUGUGGCAGGCUUGCUCUCCUCUCGAGAUUUCUUGGCUGGGCUGGCCUUCCGAGUGUUUCACUCUACACAGUACAUUCGCCAUGCAUCCAAACCCAUGUACACACCAGAGCCUGAUAUUUGCCAUGAGCUACUAGGACACGUACCUCUUUUUGCUGAUCCCAGUUUUGCUCAGUUUUCCCAGGAAAUUGGACUGGCAUCUCUGGGAGCUCCGGAUGAGUUCAUCGAGAAACUUGCUACGGUUUAUUGGUUUACGGUGGAGUUUGGACUAUGUAAAGAAGGCGAUUCACUGAAGGCAUAUGGUGCAGGGCUGCUGUCUUCAUUUGGGGAGUUGCAGUAUUGUUUAUCAAAUAAACCUGAGAUUCAACCUCUUGUCCUGGAGAAGACGUCUGUGCAGAAGUAUCCUGUUACUGAGUUCCAGCCUAUCUACUAUGUUGCUGAAAGUUUUAAAGAUGCAAAAGAAAAGCUAAGGAAAUUUGCUUCAACAAUCCCUCGUCCUUUCUCUGUUCGGUACAAUCCCUACACACAGAGGAUUGAAGUCCUGGACAACGCAAAGCAGCUGAAGAACUUAGCUGAUACUAUCAACGGUGAGAUGGGAAUCCUGUGCAAUGCCCUUCAGAAGAUAAAAUGAAGACUUGCCAUAAGUCUUGCUAAUCACUAGCUACUGACUAAAAAAGCUUCCUUGUGCAAAUGCUAGUCUUUAUCUAGCCUCAGUCUAUUAUCUUCCUGUGUACUGCAUGAAUUAUGUUAUAUAUCUUAAUUACUAUAGAUUAGCAGAAAAAGAGACACCUGCAGGUGACCCUUGACUCUUUUGGGCUUCAGACACUAAUCAAUUUUUUCUCACUAAUACAUAAAAAUCACCUUAUUUCUGGGAGUCUGGGGAAAACCUUCACAUCGCUCUGCCAAAGGCUAGCAGAAGGAGUUUUCCACCGUGCUGCAGAGCUACAGCAUGCUGUAGCUGUAGGAUUGCAUUACCACCCAGGGCACAGGACCAGAAAGGUAAUGACUAGCAUGGACUAAUCCAUCUUGCUUCCUCUCACAGUCUUCCUCCUGUCAGUCCCUCAUAUCUGCAGUUGCUCAUGGUUCCCCUGGAGUCUUAAACUCUACACCUUUCGGGAGGUACAUUAUAGUGCUUGGCCCUCUAGACCUUGACCAAGGUGGAACUAUACCUCUUUUUCUACACAUGAGCUGAAAUAAUUCUUUGCUGAAGUAAUUCGAUUUUUCUGCAGCUGUGAUGUUGCCAUUGACACAAAGCACAGUUGCUAGUGGAAAAGACAGCAGGUAUUCUGCAGUCUCAUUAACAAAGAUUUAUGCCCCCAUCUUAAUCUACUGUAUUUGCACAGGCCCCAGUUCCCAAAGAGUUUGUGCAGGCCAAGAAUGCUGCAUGCUGUGAAGUAUUUGGCUUGCAGGGAGGACUCCCUAAGCAAGGCACUGAGACUACCCAUCCAGAGAAUGAAGGAGCUGCUUCAGCACAGUACCCACAAAAAAGAUACCCUUGGAGGAGAGUUACCUAAAGGCAUGUCUGUGUGGCUUUUUGCAAGUGGAUGUGAGGUCACUUUGCUGACACUUUGUGCCAGCAAGAAGCCAUGCAGAUGCUUUAACCGGACAUCAAGUUUCGACAGGACUGAUUAGCCCAGUCUCAAAGUUGUGCGAACUGCAAUGUCAUGUAAUAUCAUGGAUUCAGAGCUGCUUCAGAAGCAGUCAUCUGACAGAAAGCGGAGAUCUCUCUUAAUAGACAUGCUCAGUUAAUCACUGUGGAAGGCUGAAGAGCGAAGGCUGCCUUGUAUUGUGCGGCCUUCUCUGGGAGUGAGUGCCUUAUUAAGCACUGGUACAGGGUAUUUCCCAACUUUCUGGACUCACAAUCCAGAAAGUGGGUACCAACACCCUUGCAGUUGGAAAUGGAGCAGCAGUGAUUUUUACAACGCUGCUGAAGAUAACAGAGCCUUCCAAUUCCAAACUCACUAUGUCUGUGGUUAGAGCCACCACCAAAGCUAUGGAAGACCUGGAUUAGCUAUGUCCCUGUCCGAGUGCAUUCAAAUCCACAGAUGAUAUCUUUCAGGAUAGCUCCUUAAUCAUGAUGCUAUUUGGAGUCCUCUUCCCUUCCCUACCCAAACUUUAAUCUUCCUCUUUGGUUAAAGCAGUUUUAUUCUGUCUGGAGUAAAGCUUAACUGAGGCAGGAAAUGGAAGCAAGGAUGGUUCCAACUUAACCCAGUGGCUGAAUCACGGGGAGAGAAGAGCUUUGCUGUUCAGAAGGCUAUCUCUGCAUUUUAUGCAAUAACCUUCACUCAAGGCAUCUAAAUGCCCUCUUGGACUGAUCUACAGUGUAUAAUGCCUCCAUGUAUUUUCCUAGUUCAAGAACAAAGGAAGCCAGCACUUGCACAUUGGAACUGAAUGGAUCAAAGCAAAGCAGAACAGUAUUUCCAGCUCGAAACAGUUUGCAUCAAGACACUGAAAAGAUUCAAAAUUCAUGUUUCUGUUAGAAGAUCCAAAGAUGGAAGAAGAUUUGAAAGUCCACAAAGUCUCGUACCUACUAUUAUACCACCUUUGUAUUCAUAGUUUGAAAACCAAUGGAGCUUUAAUGUAAGCAUUAUCCCUUAGGAAGAUAGAAAGUACAGCUGUUGCCAUUUUAUUUAUGGUGGGUAAUAACAUUAAUCUAAGGAUACCAGCUGGAACCCUUUUCAAUAGAAGUACACUUAUGCAAAAUGGUAUCAUUUUGGUGCUUUGAAGUAUGCUUUUUUAUCUCUGUAUCUUUUUUUUCUUCCUUUUUUCUCAUCACGAUGUCUGCGUAGGUCUUUCAAUCCUGCUUGGCAUGUUUUUUUUCAGUGUGAAAGUAGCCCAUAUUUCUCUCUCCUGAUAUAAGAAGACACAUAAGGUAACAGUACCACAAAAGGAAAAUUUCAUCCCAAGUAUGAAGUCUUUCAAAAUAAUCCUCAGAUAGCUUUUCAAGCUCCUCUGCUUGUGGCUGCUGUUAUGAAUGACAGUAGCAGUAAAUCUACAGUGAUAUUGAGAACCCAGGGUUCAUGACUGUCUUUCAUGUGUAAGUGAAAUUGUUAAAGAGAGUUGAUGCCAGAAGUGUGAUUUUGUGUCCCUUACCGCAGGCAUAAAUGAGGAAUAACUCCAGCCAAAGCAGCAUAACAUAGCUGUUCAACAAGAGUGAGAGAAGAGAAAAAGUUAAAUGAUCAAUAUUUUAAAAGCAGAAGAAAUACACUGAAAAUAUGUUGUCUUUCAGAAAAAAGUAUCUUCUACACAUGUUCUUUAAAUAGUCCAACAUAGGUUGCAUUUAAAAUAGUACUUCUUAAUGGGUCACUUCUUAUUUCCAAGCUAAAGAAAAUUAAAGUUGUGUAGCAAAAUGCUUUUUGCUUUAUCUGAGCAGUGUAACUCUUUUUUGUAAGCUAACUACACAGGUUGAUCAUAGUUAAAUACACAAGUUGAGGGGGAAAGCCCGUUUGAGGUGGGCUCUGUUUCAGAAGUCUGGCUUACACUAGUUGAGCAUCAUUCAUCCAGACAAGAUCAUGGAGCUUUAAGAGGAAAAACAGACGGAAAAGGUCACUUGAUGUGUAUAGAAAUUUGUAUCAUCUAUACUGUGUUGCCUAGAAACGGGCACGGAGUCAGCACAGGUUACACAGGGGGAUGGUCUGCUCUGGGCAUGAUAAGAUGCCUAGAUUGGGCAGCAGCCUUGGAAUAUAGAUGUUUUAUUCCCCAAAGGAUGCAGAAAUUGUUGAAAGAGAGGAUAAACACAGGAGGACUACACAGGAAUGCAUUCUUUUAAAGCCUGUCACUGUCUCUUAUCCCUGCUUCUAAC